UCAUCGCGUGCUAUACCAUUUCCUUAGGUGGUUCAAGUUCACUCUUUUCACUUACCUUUUUUUUUUUUUUUUUAACUUAGCUUGAAACGCAAGAAAUCUACGGUCAACAAAAGGAUCAUAAUUUCUUGAUUUUUUUGUUUUGUUUUUAUUAAGAUCAGACGGUGGUUAGUUGAGUAAAAGUAUGAGUUGCAACGGUUGCCGCGUGCUCCGAAAGGGGUGCAGCGAGACAUGCGUGUUACGGUCCAGCAUAAGCUGGAUCGAUACCCCCGAAGCCCAAGGCAACGCCACCUUAUUUCUCGCGAAGUUUUUCGGCCGUAGUGACCUCCUUUCCCUUAUCUCCUCCGUCCCCGAACCCCAACGCCCCGUUUUGUUUCAGUCUUUAUUGUAUGAGGCAUGUGGCCGUAGCGUGAAUCCGGUGAACGGAGCGGUAGGGCUGUUAUCGAAUGGUAACUGGCAUAUCUGCCAAGCGGCGGUAGAAACGGUGCUUCAAGGUGGAGCUUUACGGCCGAUUCAGGAGAUUCUAGCCGGUGUUUCGACGUCGAGUUGCGACGAUUUAUCUGAUCGUUUCUGUGCCAACUCAUGCAACUUCCAAAGCCGUUACGCUCAGUCCAAGCCUUUGAUGACGACGAUGAUGAUGGAGAAUCAAUCGGUUUUAACGGCGUCGGAUCUCAGCCUCUCUUUGACAACCAAGUUCGGUGGAGGAAGACGUGGAACCGGCAGGGAAUACGAAGAAGAAAAGAAAAGAGCAAAAACGGUGUCAUUUUAUUCGGAGGAAUCGGGGAAAACUACUUCUGAAAGCAACGAAAACGACGGAAGACAAGAGAGAAAGAUUUUGAAUCUCUUCGUUUGAGAAAACCAAGACUAAAAGAAACCGGUCUUUUUUUAUAAACCGGCGAUGUAGUAAAUAAUAAAAGAGAAAAUAAUAAGAAUCGAAAGUUUCUUAA